AUGGCCAGCAACAAGGGAAAGGAAAAGGUUAACUCUGUUUUGAAGCCUUGUCCCUCCAUCCCUCUUGAUCAGAUUCCCCUUGAUUUCCUUGGUGAACCUGUAACCCAUACUUCAACAGUUUUUGGGAAAUCCCCACUUAUUGUCCAGUCAGAUUCUUCUGCAUUUCAUGGUUAUAUUCCUCCUGCUUCAGAUUCCCAGACAGAAUCCAGCUCCCAACCUGGUUCUCAGACGGAACCAAAUUCUAAUCCAAUUGUUUUAUCUUUCCCCUGGGUUACCCUUCCAUUUUCUCAAUAUUUGUUUUCUUCCCAAGAUCUCUCCAGGACUCCUGGACAAUUAGCCUUCAAUUAUUUCCCUGCUCAUUUUCAUUGGAUUCCUGAGCAUCCUCUGAAAGAUUUGCCAUUUUUCACUGAUAUACUGGUCAAAACCAAUUCUAUCAAAUUUAGGUCUAUUCCCAAGAAAGACAACCCUUUAACGGCUGUUGGGACUAUUGCCUAUAUUGUCAAAUUCAUUUCCGUUGAAGAAUGGGGCUCCCACCCAUCUCAACUUCUUCCCUCUUCCAAUUCUCCAGUUUGCUUUUCAUAUUAUGAUUAUGUCAAUGCCUGGUUUCGCUUUAUGCUUUACCAGAACCCGGAAUCCAAACACUUCUGGUUCAUUACUUUCAUUGAAGAUUUCAAUUGCCUGCUUCCCCCUUGGUUCAAACAUUGGUGGGAUUAUUUUGGCCUAACAAUUGAUGUUCUUCCUGAUCCUCUUGUUUAUGCUUUUCACUUAUUCUCUUCUCAUGUUGGCUAUAUGAUGCCAUUGUGCCUUAUUCUGCACCUACUCCUCCUCCUGUUCCCAAAUAUUGUUCUAAAAAGAAGCAAUGGAUUCAGACUUAUCUUGACUCUAUUGGUCCUCUUGAUGAUAAAGAAUAAUUUGGGUUUCCAAGACUGGCUCCAUAACGGCCAGAAGAGUCCAUCUCUUGACGGCUGGUCUCAGAGUAUUUGGUUCUCAUUUGAUCUUAGACGGAUCACUGUUCAUGACUAUUUGGAGUUACUGUGCAAUAUCACUUGCCGACAGCUACUGUUUCAGAUUGAUGUUUUCACUGGUCAGACUGGCGCCAGACGUGCCUUUACUGUUUACUUUUUACUGUUUGCUUUUGACCGCAUGAACGCGGCUCAUGAUUAUUCUUCUUCUUCUUCUAUCCUUACUUCAGUAAGUCCGAACGCUUACUCCUGUAAAGGUUUUUAUCAUGACGUCUUCUUGAGUUUUAGAGGCAAAGACACACGUAAGAAUUUCACCGACCACCUCUAUUUUGCUCUAAGAGAUGCUGGAAUCAACACCUUCAGAGAUGACAACGAGCUCCAAAGAGGAGAGGAUAUUACAUCCGAACUCUUGUCGGCAAUACAAAGGUCGAAAAUCUCUGUUAUUGUCUUCUCUAAUAACUAUGCAGCUUCCAGGUGGUGCCUGGAAGAACUUGUGAAGAUCAUGGAGUGCCAAAGAACGGUGAGGCAAUUGGUUUUGCCUAUUUUCUACGAUGUUGAACCCUCAGAUGUGCGCAACCAAACGGGUAGUUUUGCACAAGCAUUUUCGGAACAUGAAGAUCGUUACUUGUUGGACAUAGACAAGGUGCUCAGGUGGAGGAGAGCUCUGAUUGAGGCUGCUAAUUUGUCCGGGUGGGAUCUAAGAAACACUACAAACGGGCAAGAAGCCAAGUUUAUUAGGAGAAUUGUUAAAGAGAUUUCAAGGGAACUCAACAGCACAUACUUAUAUGUCACACUCUAUCCAGUUGGAAUAGAUUCUCGUGUGCAAGACAUCACUUCAUUGCUAAGGGUUGGAACCAAUGAUGUUCGCAUUGUAGGAAUUUGGGGAAUGGGAGGAAUGGGGAAAACAACACUUUCUAAAGCCAUAUAUAACCAAUUUUUUCAUAGCUUUGAAGGUAAAAGUUUUCUUGCAAAUAUUAGGGAAACUUCUAAGCAACAUCAUGGUCAAGUUCGAUUACAAGUGCAACUUCUUUCUGAUAUCUUGAAGACAGGCAAGAUAGAGGUAAAUAAUGUUGAUAGAGGAAUUACUAUGAUACAAGAAAGACUUCGCAAUAGAAGGGUACUUGUUAUACUUGACGAUGUAGACCAAUUGGAGCAACUCAAUGCCAUAGCUAGAAGUCGUGAUUGGUUCGGCCCAGGAAGUAGAAUUAUUAUAACAACUAGAAAUGAGGAAUUGCUAAAGGCACUUGAAGUGGAUGGAGUAUAUGCAACCAAAGAAAUGAGUGAAAAUGAAUCUCUGGAGCUCUUUAGUUGGCAUGCCUUUAGGAAUAGUUAUCCCACCGAAGAUUUUAUGGACUUGUCAAGAAGUGUCAUUGCUUAUUCUAAAGGAUUACCAUUGGCUCUUGAAGUUUUGGGUUCUUUUCUAUUCACUAGGAGCAUAAGGGAAUGGAAAAGCGCAUUGGAAAAAUUAAAAAGGAUCCCUCAUGAUCAAAUUCAGAAAAAGCUUAGAAUAAGCUUUGAUGCACUAAGCGAUGAUACUGAAAAGGAUAUAUUCCUUGAUAUAUCAUGUUUCUUUAUCGGAAUGGACAAAAACUAUGUUAUACAAAUAUUAGAUGCAUGUGGUUUUUUUGCAGAGAUUGGAAUUAGUGUCCUCAUUCAGCGGUGUCUUCUUUCAAUUGGUGAGAGAAACAAGCUCAUAAUGCAUGAUUUGCUUCGAGACAUGGGAAGAGAAAUUGUUCGUGAAGAAUAUCCCAAAAUACCGGGAAAGUGUAGUAGAUUAUGGCUACAUGAGGAUGCACUUGAUAUAUUGGUAAAACAUGAGGGAACAAAAGCAGUUGAAGGACUUUCUUUAAAAUUACCAAGAUUAAGUAAGAUGAAUUUCAGUACAGAUGCAUUUAUAAAGAUGCAGAGAUUGAGAUUACUUCAACUUGAUCAUGUACGCCUCACUGGAGAUUAUGAACAUCUUUCCAAAGAGUUAAGGUGGCUCCGUUGGCACGGGUUCCCACUAAAGUUUUUGCCAGACAACUUUUACUCAAGAAACCUAGUUGCGAUUGACUUACGAUAUAGCAAUCUCACACAAGCUUGGAAAAAUUCAAAGCAACUGUUCGAGAAGUUGAAGUUUCUAAAUCUCAGUUAUUCCCAUUACCUCACUAAGACUCCUAACUUUACGAGACUCCCUAAUCUUGAGAAAUUAAUACUCAAAGAUUGUACAAGUUUGUUUGAGGUUCACCAAUCCAUUGGAGAUCUUAAUAAUCUUGUUUUGGUAAAUCUAAAAGAUUGCAGAAGUCUUGAAAGUCUGCCAAUGAGUUUUUAUAGGUUGAAGUCUCUUCAAACUCUCAUUCUUUCUGGUUGUUCUAAAAUUGACAAUUUGACUGACGAAUUGGGGGAGAUGGAAUCCUUGACAACUUUUCUUGCAGAUAACACUGCUAUAAGACAAGUGCCAUGUACCAUAGUACAACUGAAGAACCUUAAACACUUGUCGUUGUGUGGGUGUAAAGGAUCACCAUCUAAGUCACUCCCUUCACUCUUUUCGUCUUGGAUAUCCCCAAGGAAAACUCCCAAGUCAAUCAAUCUUUUGCCUGCUUCACUACAAGGCUUGAAUUCACUAAGAGAUUUAUGUCUCAGAGAUUGCAAUUUAUCAGAUGAUGCAAUUCCUAAAGAUCUUGGGAGUUUAUGCUCUCUUCGAUCUUUAGAUCUACAAAACAAUCAUUUUCAUAGCCUACCAUCGAGCCUUGGUGGUCUUUCAAAGCUUCAAACUCUCACUUUGGAUUAUUGCACAAAGCUUCAAUCAAUUCCAAAUUUACCACCAAGUUUGACAGGUUUGUAUGCAACAAACUGCAUGGCGUUGGAAAGAAUGCCAAAUCUAUCAAAUAUCUCAAAUAUGGCAUCUUUGUCCCUCACUAAUUGCAAUAAAUUAGUCGAGAUUAUAGGCUUAGAUAAGUUGUUGAAAUCCAUUGGCGUCAUUCACAUGGAAGGGUGCAGCAGUUUAACAAAUACUUUUAAGCAAAGCAUCCUACAGGAAUGGAGUCUGAGUGGAUUUCAUAAUAUUUUUGGCAUUUUUCUCCCUGGCAAUGAUAUUCCCGAAAGGUUUACUUUUAAGGAUGAGGGACCCUCCGUUUGUUUUGAAGUGCCUUGUAUUAGUAAUCGUAAUAUUGAAGGGUUCACUGUAUGCAUUGUUUAUUCAUCAUGUCUUGACAAGAUAAUAGCUGAAGAUCUUCCGAGCAUUUCAGUAAUCAAUUAUACCAAGACUACAAUUCAGACUAGAAGCCCAGCAACAAUUGAUGUAGUAAUCUCCCAUGAAGAUCACAUGUGGCAAGCCAAUUUUCCUAAAAGUAACUUCAAUUUGGACACCGGUGACGAAGUAGAAGUUAUCGUGGAUUUUGGCUCAGGAAUCGAUGUUAAGAAGACAGGGGUUCGCCUAAUAUACGACAAGGUUAUUGAUGGAAAAAUGAUACAUUAUGCCUCUACAUCGAAUAAGGAUGCCAUUGUUGUUACUGAUGAUGAAGAUAUGUCUCCAGAUCAGGCUGCGACCGGGUCUAAAAGAGUCCUUUGGGAUGAUAAAGCAGAAUCAAGUCAUGGUUGCUUUGGCAAUGAACAAGAGGCCAAAAGAUUGAGGUGUGAACAUAGUGCAGAUGAUAAAGCAGAAUCAAGCCAUGGUUGCUUUGACGAUGAUCGAGAGGCUAAAAGAAUGAGGUGUGAUGAUAAUACUGAAAUGAGUUGAAGAAAGAAAGCUAACAUCAUAAUAGACAUACAAAGCAAGUACUGCAUUUCAUGAUUCUUUCUGGUAUCAAAGUCACAUAGCAUGGAUAUGAUUCCUUGGAGGUUCAUAUGGAUGUUGGCAACAAUCCAUCUGAUCUGUCUUUCUGAUAUUUAGGAGAUUUAAAGCAUAAUAGUCCUAAAGUAUUGCA